AUGGCGAUGAUGGCUGGCCGUGUGCUGCUGGUGUGUGUCCUCUGCGUGCUGUGGUGCGGUGCUGCAAUGGUGGUGGUGGCGGAGGGUUCUGAUGGUAUUAACGAAAUAACAGACAAAUUGUCGAGGGGAUCACAGUCUGCAUCUCAAGUCGGUCAUGCAGAAGAUCCAAAAAUACUAAAGCCAAACGAUGGAGUGUCAAACACAUCAGAAAACCCGUUGGAUGCGCAAGAAUUAAGUAACGUCAGCCCUCAAAAAGUUUGCGUCGAACAAUCAUCAAUAUUUCAUGGUGGGAUGGAAGUUAAAGAAGAAAAAUUAGAAGAAAAAGAGCCGGAAAAUGCAGAACCAAGAAGAAAUGGAAAAGAACAAUCGCAAGAUGCUCCAGAAGGAACACGGGGACGCAAAGGCAUAAUGGAAGCCCAAGGGGACCCAUCUCCAAAAACACCAGCAGAAGAAAUGCCAACAAGUGAGGAAGCAACAGGACCAGCAAAAGAACAAACACCAGGACAGGAGGGAGAAACGGGUCAAGCAGCAAAACCGCCACAGUCACUACCGGCAACGUCACCACCAGCAUCUGAUCGAGGUCAACCUGGUGGCAGUUCUGGUGCUGACAGAUCUGUUGGAGGUUCUAAAAGAGGUGAAGGUUCCAAUUUGAAGAUUUCUGCUUCUGAUGGUGUGAAUCAAUCUGCUGUUGGCAGUUUGGGUUCCGGUGGUGGAACUGGUUUGGACCCCAAUGGUGGUGGUGGAAGUAGUGGAGGAGAUGGUGGCAGUUCUCGAGGGGACUCUUUGGGUUCUUUUCUUUCUGCAGCUGGCACUUCUUUAUCUUCUGCCCUUGAUACACCAUCCACUCAGGACACGCAAUCUUCAGAAGGUGUUCGGCACUCGGAAAAAAUGCCUCUUGGAACCGCAGUGCCCAACAAGCAGCCAAAGGAGAGAUCAGAACCCAAAGCAAAACAGGGCACCUCUACUUCAGAAGAAGCAGCAGAAAGUCAAGAUGAUAGUGGGGAUGCAGUUGAAAAGGAGAAAGAGAAGAGAGACGUGGGACUGAAAUCCACUAUAAGCCCAACGCCUAAUACCAGCAACCCACCAGUAACACAAACAACUCCACGAGCAUCAUCCGCAGAGCCAUCGCCAACAACAACGGAAGUUCAAGCAGUAGAAGAAACCUCAAAAGAUAAUGUCACCAUCACCAAGAGAAAUGACACGGCGACGCCUGGCGACAGUGACAGCAGCGUCGCGGCCUUCCACACCACCUCCCCUCUUUUGCUUCUUCUUACUGUUGUUGUGUGUGCUGCUGCUGCUGCGCUGGUGGCCGCGUGA